AUGUCUUCACACACACAUAUGGAGAAGUUGGAGGCCAAGUACACAGGCAUAGGGAGCUGUCUUCGAGUACCCUCAGUUCAGGAUCUGGCCGGGGUCCCAAUGGCCACGAUUCCACCGCGAUAUAUUCGGCCUGAUCAGGACCCUCCGAUCAUGUCAGACGCUUCUUCCUUUCCCAUCGUCCCAGUGAUCGACUUGCAGAACUUUCUCUCUUCAGAUUUAAUGACUUCAGAGCUUGAUACGCUCCAUUUUGCCUGCAAAGAGUGGGGUUUCUUCCAGUUAUCUAUCCAUGAUGACCUGUGGGUGCAAUUGGGAAACAUUGCAAAGUGGAGGAAUGAAUUGAGAUUUGGUUUCAAGUGCAGAGGUUCAACUGGAUACCAUGGUGGCAUAAUUGACAAGAGUGAGAAGCAUUAUGCAGUGUUACUCGGCCAUAUGGCCAAAGCAUUAAAGAUGAGAGAAGAGGAAGUGAGGGAGUUGUUUAAAGGGGGAAUGCAAGCACUGAGAGCAAACUACUACCCUCCAUGCCCACAGCCAGAGCUUGUUAUUGGCCUGAGCCCCCACUCCGAUGCCGGCCUACUCACCGUCCUCCUCCAACUCAGAGAUGUGCAAGGCCUGCAGAUUAAGAAGGAUGGAAUCUGGAUUCCUGUCAGGCCUCUUCCUGAUGCUUUUAUAGUAAAUGUCGGAGAUAGCUUGGAGAUUGCGACCAACGGAAUCUACAAGAGCAUUCAGCACCGAGCAGUGGUCCAUCACCCAGUUGUCACUCCUGAAAAUCCUGCACAGUUCAAGAGGGUGAAAGUGGAGGAGUACUACAAAAGAUUCUUAGGUCGCAAACUUGAUCAGAAAUCAAACCACGACGCAAUGAGGAUCCAGAGCAGUUGUGAGGAUGGUGAAGACAUUUGA